AUGGCAAUUACAGACUUCCUUGCUGCUUCUGAUAUUUCUUCUGCCAUCAAUGCUUGCAAAGCAAAAGAUUCUUUUAGUCCAAAGACGUUUUUUGCGACUGUGGGUUUAUCCAAGAGGUCUCUAUCAGAGAUUGAGAAGGUUUUCAAAAUGCUGGACCAAGACAAGAGUGGUUUCAUUGAGCAAGAUGAGUUGCAAUUGUUCCUGCAGAACUUCUCGAAGGGGGCACGAGCUCUUACAGCAGCUGAAACGAAGGCUUUUCUCAUGGCUGGAGAUAUGGACGGAGAUGGAAAGAUUGGCUGGGAAGGUGGGUUACUGUAACAGUCACAAAAAUAUGAACUGCAUUUUAUGUUAGGAUAGCAACAUCUGCACGUGCCAAAUGUGUUCUAUUUAAGUGAACGGCAACGUGCAGCAUACUUAAAUUAAUUUUGUUCACAUCAUUUUUUUUUUUGAGUGUAUCGUAGUAAACUAAAAAAUGUGAAAGAUUAAUGUUUGCUUCCUCAUUUUCCAGAAUUCUCUGCUCUCGUCAAUGCUUCCUGAGGCCAGAUC